AUUCCAGACAACAACCAUGUCUGGUGAGACCCCUGUGAAACCCGUCGAGGUUGACAAUGAUGUGGAAGCCCUCGAGUCAGCCAAAGAGCUCAGCUUGAAGAUUGACUUACCAGCUUGCUUAAAUGCUGGAGACAGCUUGCUGAUUCCAUCUAACUAUGACGAAACCAUCAACGACUUGAAACAAGCUCUUAGCCUUUUGCCUCUCAGCAGAAGCUUAACCAACUACACUAUCUACAUAAAUGGAACCAAUGUCUCAGACUCAGUAGACGAUCUUACCACUUUCUCGCAGUUGUUUGAACUCUUCCAAUGGGACUCUGUAGAUUUGUUGAAAGUAACCAUCAAAGAAAGAGCUUAUACAUUGGCUGCAGUGUAUGAGCAGAUUUCUCGUUUCAGAGAGAUCAUUGGUUUGCAUUAUGUGGACAGAAUGGCUGAAGAUCUUGGAGUUGCUAGCGGUGUUUCCAGAUUGAACGAGUUGACAUUGAACGCUGUGAAAGAAAGAGAGAAUCAAGAAGAAAAAGAUAGAAAUGAAAAAUCUGAAAAAGACGAAAAAGACGAAAAAUCUGAAGAAACUGAAGAAUCUUUUGUUCUCAAUGAAGAAGACAUAAAGUCGCUUAAGAUUUCUGCUGAAGAUUUGUCUUCCACCAUUGACAUCGAUCUUGCUGCUACUGCUGCUUCAUUCAACAACAUACACACCAAGAUCAAACUUCCAAUCAAGUCUUUGACUAUUUCACAAUGGUCUCCUGUUCCAGCUUUCCAGAAGAACAAAGGUGACUUGUUGUACUUGACUUUGCAGACUUUGGAAAACGAAACUUUCAAUAUCACCUGCCACUUUUCUGGUUUCUUCGUGAACAGAAGUUCUACUGUUAACUUCAAUCCAGAAGUCAAGGUGAACGAGAAGGGUCAAGUGUCCAAGAACUACUUACUUGUCAACUUGGUAGACUCGUUGUCGCCUUCUUUCUCGAAAGUUCUUGAAGAAAAUGAACUUAGCUUAUCUACUUCCAGUGAACAUCCAGAGACCUAUUUGUUGCCUAACAACUCAUUCUUGGCUACACCUUGGUACAUCGAUACCGUCCACGCCAAAAACUAUCCUGAUGUAUCGAGAUCUCAAUUGCCAUUGAUACUUAACGGUGUAGAUGGCUCUGAUUACGUCAAGGACUGGAACGAAGACUUCCAGUCUGUGCGUGAGUUACCCAAUACAAACAUUCAAGAACGUAUCUUGCGUGAAAAGUUGAUCCAAAAGGCUCUUUUCGACUUCACCAAAACUGCUACCGACACUUCCGUCAACAUUAUCAAGGGCAACUUGACUCCUAUGAAUCCUAACGAAGAAGAGGGAAAGCAUAUCUACUUGAAGAACGGGAUCUUCUAUGCAUCUGAUGCUACCUCUGUUGAGGUCUUUGAAGCUACUGGUGCUGAAGAAGCUGCCAGAUAUGUUGCUUCGAAAGACUUGGCUGGUGUGAAAGUGUUGAACAAAGCUGAUGUUCCCGGUGUCAAUAAUUUGGUCACCUGUAUUGUAGAUUACUUGGGUAAGAGAAUUGUGUGUCAAGCUCCUGUUCCCGGUAUCUUCAAUGCUGCUGCAGAAGGUGAAGAAGAAAAGGUUGUCUACGGUUUGUCUACUGACGGUUCUACUAUUCUGCAAGACAAGUCGUUUGAAGAGCCUUUGAAGCAAAUUGCUGAAGUCUUCCACUUGAAGCCUCACACUGUAGAAGUUUCUGAUGAGAUCAAGUCAGAAUCAGAAUUGUUGGUUUCUAAAGACACCAAGGGUAUCAAAGGUACUGACUCUCGUAAGUAUGUUAUUGACUUGUACAGAACUACACCUCGUGACAUUCAGUUUACCGAAGCUCACUUCGAUGCUAGCAACGAUACCUCCUACCCACACGGAGAGUCUCUUCUCAGACAUGAAGCUGUAGCUGAAUGGUGGAAGCGUAAGGUCUCUGCCUUGUUUAAGGCUGAAACCGAGAAGUUGGAAAAAGAAGGAAAGAUGGAAAGCAAGGAUGGCGAAAAGCCUCAGAUUGUCUUGCCUACUGACCAAGUUGUUUUCAACCCUGAUGCUUUCUCGUUUGACUCUGAAAGCGACGAAGACAGAGAAGUUGUGAGAAACUUGUCUAAGUUUGUCAAGGAGAAGUUGAUUGAGGAGUUCUUAACUGAAUUCCCAAGUCAAGUAGCCCCUUUCGACGGUCAGCAAUUGACUAGUAUCUUGCACAGACAAGGUAUUAACAUGAGAUAUUUGGAUGAACAAACGAAGGCUACUUAUGAACCCACUCUUGCCAACUACGAUGCUCUCUACCGCGUAACUGUUCAAGAAAUGAUUGCUAGAGCAGCCAAGCACUUGUUGCGUAAGUUGUCAGCUGAUGUUCCAGUCAAUUUGUUUGCUUCUUUUGUGGCACACUUCCACAACUGUUUACUUGGAGCUGCUGUUAAUGCCCAACCUGCUGUUGAAAUUGAAGAGUUGUAUAGGUCAUUCUACCCUGAAUCAGCUUUCAACUUUACCAAAUUGAAUUCCGACCAGGUUAUUGCAUUGAUCACAAAGGAAGUCUUCCUUCGUUUCAGAUACGCUUUGCCAGAAGAUUGGUCUUCGGUUUUGAUCCAUCCAAUUCCUUUGAUGAGAGAAAUCGCUCUCAAAUUUGGUAUUCAGUGGAAGGCUCAAAAAUAUGUUUUCACUGCUCAAGAGUUCGCUGCUUACAAAGAAAAGUUUGCCACUACUUCCAAGCAGGUUGAAACUGCAAAGUCCAAGAAGAAGGGCAAGAAAAUUCAGGUUGUCACUGAAGUCGUUUCGGAAAGAGACUCCAUCUUUGUCGCUGACGACAUAGUCAACUUUGUUCCAAUCGUCAAGGACUCGAGCUACAAGGCUUCUCUCAUAGAUGAAAUCUUCCAGAGUGCCAGAUCCCAUAUCGCUCUGGGUGAAAAGGAUGUAGGUCUCUCUAUUUUCAACGAAUUGGUAGCUAUUCAAGAACAAAUCUAUGGUAGAGUCAAUUCUGAAACUGCAAGAUUCUACACCUUACUUGCACAAGUCUACUCUGAGCUUGGUUAUCAAUCGCAAGCUGCGUUUGUUUCUCGUAAAGCUAUCAUCUUGUCGGAAAGAACUACUGGUUUUGAUUCCUAUGAUACCAUUACUGCCUACUUGAACUCUGGUUUCUACGAAGCUGCCAACUUUGACUUGAUCAAUUCUGUCAGCUUGUACAAUCAGGCUGUUGCUACUUGGACUUCUGUUUACGGAAAGGGACAUCCAACUCUCAUCAAUACUUUAACCAACAUUGCUGAAAAUUACUCUAGGGCCAGUCAAAAUGAGUCUGCGAUCAAGCUUCUUGAAUCUGCUCUUGAAUUCUCUAAGCUUGCCAACGGAGAAGUUUCUGAAAUUACAGGUAUUGUGACUUUCAGAUUGGCUAACUGUUUGAUCAACACCAGCAAGUUUGACCAAUCUUUAGAAUUGUACCGUGCUUGUGAGGCCACCUUUGAGAAGGUUCUCGGCCCAGAUGACGCUUUGACUAAGCAGGCUUCAAAGUACGUCUCCAGCAUUGAAACCUAUGUCAAAGAGUUAGCUCAGCAAGCUGUUGCCUCUGGAAAUAGCAAGAUCAAAGUCAAGUCUCAGACUGAAACUGUGAAGAAUGGCAAGAAGAAUGGUAAGAAGUCGGCUAUUCCACAACCAGACCCUGAAAUCGCUUCCAAGUCUAUUGACGAUAUCUUACAGUUCAUUGAAGGUAACAAUCCAAAGAAGUCUAGCAAGAAGAGCAAGAAGUCGAAGAAGUAAGCAUUAGUUAAAAUGACGUUAAAAUCUUAUUUAUAUCUUGUCCAUAUUAUUGUACAUAGUCCAAAACAAAUAUAACUUUACCUAAAGUACUGUUGCAGUCAUG